AUGAAGGAAUUAUGCGCGGCUGAAUUUGUAAUUUCAAGAGUAAAGCAGUGCGGGCAGCGUUGUAGCUCGCGAUCUCCCUUUUUCGUGCGGCCAAAACAUCACACAUCACCUGCCGGAGGCCACAUCACCGGAGGCCACAUCAACGGAGGCCACAUCAACGGAGGCCACAUCACCAGAGGCCACAUCACCGGAGGCCACAUCGCCGGAGGCCACAUCCCCGGAGGCCACAUCACCGGAGGCCACAUCACCGGAGGCCACAUCACCAAAGGCCACAUCGCCUUAGGCUACAUCACCAGAGGCCACAUAACCAGAGGCCACAUCACCGGAGGCCACAUCACCGAAGGCCACAUCAUCGGAGGCCACAUCACCGGAGGCCACAUCACCGGAGGCCACAUCACCGGAGGCCACAUCACCGGAGGCCACAUCACCCUAGGCCACAUCACCGGAGGCCACAUCACCGGAGGCCACAUCACCGGAGGCCACAUCACCCUAGGCCACAUCACCAGAGGCCACANAUCACCGGAGGCCACGUCACCGGAGGCCACAUCACCGGAGGCCACAUCACCGGAGGCCACAUCAACGGAGGCCACAUCACCGGAGGCCACAUCACCGGAGGCCACAUCACCAGAGGCCACAUCACCUUAG